UUUCUCAUAGCUGUUUUGUAAUAAUAUAACCUCAAACUUGUCGGUGUCCUGAGGAGUAAACAGAGGACAGUAUUCAUUUUUUUUGUAGGGGAAGAAAAACAUCUUGUUCGAUGGCUUCAGCGUCGUUAGAAGAUAAAAAUAUAUGGGACGACGGGGAAGAUGCUCUCGCUGAAGAAGUUCUGCGAAUGUCUACUGAUGAAAUAGUAUCCAGAACCCGGCUGCUGGAUACAGAGGUGAAGAUUAUGAAAAGUGAAGUCAUGCGCAUCUCCCAUGAGCUCCAAUCACAGACUGACAAAAUCAAAGAGAAUACAGAGAAAAUAAAAGUCAACAAAACUCUGCCAUACCUUGUAUCUAAUGUUAUUGAAUUGCUUGAUGUUGAUCCUGAAGAGGGUGAGGAGGAAGGGGCAGUUGUCGAUCUUGAUGCUCAGAGGAAAGGAAAAUGUGCAGUUAUCAAAACAUCAACCAGACAGACUUAUUUUUUGCCAGUCAUUGGUCUGGUUGAUGCUGAGAAACUAAAACCUGGUGACCUAGUGGGAGUUAACAAGGACUCAUAUUUAAUUCUUGAAACACUGCCUGCUGAAUAUGAUGCCCGUGUGAAGGCUAUGGAAGUUGAUGAAAGACCAACUGAACAGUAUUCUGAUAUCGGAGGGUUAGAUAAACAAAUUCAAGAGCUUAUUGAAGCAGUAGUCCUGCCCAUGACACACAAGGAGAAGUUUGUGAACCUUGGUAUUCAUCCUCCAAAAGGUGUCCUCCUUUACGGCCCACCAGGAACAGGUAAAACCCUUCUUGCCCGAGCAUGUGCUGCCCAGACAAAGUCAACAUUUUUGAAGUUAGCUGGCCCACAGUUAGUGCAGAUGUUCAUUGGUGAUGGAGCCAAGCUUGUUAGGGAUGCUUUUGCACUGGCCAAAGAAAAGUCUCCAGCAAUUGUUUUCAUUGAUGAGCUUGAUGCCAUUGGAACCAAGCGAUUUGACUCAGAGAAAGCAGGAGACCGUGAAGUGCAGCGAACAAUGUUGGAACUUCUUAACCAACUAGACGGCUUCAGCUCAACUGCUGACAUUAAGGUGAUAGCCGCUACUAAUCGAGUUGAUAUCUUGGAUCCCGCAUUACUAAGAUCUGGUCGUUUGGACCGUAAGAUAGAAUUCCCUCAUCCUAAUGAGGAAGCUCGGGCGCGCAUUAUGCAAAUUCAUUCAAGGAAGAUGAAUGUAUCUCCUGAUGUCAACUUUGAGGAACUUUCAAGAACCACUGAUGACUUCAAUGGUGCCCAAUGCAAAGCUGUGUGUGUAGAAGCUGGUAUGAUUGCUCUACGCCGCAGUGCCAACACUGUCACUCAUGAAGACUUUAUGGAUGCUAUCAUGGAAGUCCAAGCCAAGAAGAAGGCCAAUCUUAAUUACUAUGCUUAGUUUUCCCUGUAAAUACCUAACUGUUAUCAUUACAUCAUAGAAAUUUUAGUAAAUAAAA